CACCAGCCGUCCCCUCGUCACCGGCACUCAACACUCCACACCCCUCUGUGCCUCCGUCAAUAUCCUUGCAAUCACCCUCGCCCAUGUCGACGCCCGUCUCGAAGCCGAUGCCUGCCCAGCAUGACGCUAAGCCGUCGGACGAGUCUAGUAGUGCACCGCAGCAGCAGGAGCAGGCUCCUGAACCCACUAGACGUCCUUCCAAGAGAUUCCUCUCGGCGCUACCCGGACAGCGAACACCGUCGCCCACCCGCACUUCUUCUGCUCCUUCAACUCCGGAGUCCGAGCACCCUCCGUCGCCUUCGUCGACGAGCUCUGCCUCGCGCUUCCCCUUCGCUUCUCGCGUUCGCAAAGCAAGCCAAGUGUUCUCUUCGUCUUCCACUCCGGCAUCGCCCAACUUGGCAAGCCCUGUCAACACCCCACCGCGGAAGAAUUCAGACGCCGGAGAACAGCAAGCUAUGCCAACGAACUCCGGCGCGCCUUCCGGCCAUUGCACUCCGCCCGACGAGCCGGCACCCGGCGCGCAGGUCCCUCCCUCUAGCAGUGCCCCUUCUAUGAAGAGCGCAAAGCAUAAGGAUGGACCUCUGCACGACCUGAAGCGCUUCCUCAAUCACCAUAUUCCCCACCCUCAUCAUCACCAUCAUGCGUCGUCUUCCUCUACGGCUCCCACGUCCGUUGGCUCUGCCACACCUGCGGAAUCAGCGCAGCCGCCAUCGUCGCAACGGCGCGGUAGUCAGUUUGAGCAGGCCGGCGACUUGAUCGAUGCUGCUCAUCAAGCUGCAACGGUUCAUGACGCAGCACCGGAGGCCGGCAGCAGCAAACACAGGGAGCAUCGGCUCACAGGACUUCUUCGGCCGCACAAGGAGAAGAAGGAGAAGGAACAUUCAAGGGAGCUUCGGAAGACUCCUUCGCCUAGCGCGUCCUCUGUUGCAACGGCAAGUUCGAAGGCUUCACAUUCGCCGCCUCGCUCGCAUGACUCGUCGUCGAGCCGGGAAAAUGCGCCGAUGCACAAUUCGAUUAAGCGCCGAUCACCCGAGAAGAGUCCGUCGCUGACGAUUCCAUCACUCUCGUCUGCAACGCAAGUGCAUUUGUCGAAGAAGUACGGCAAGUGGGGGCGGACACUGGGCAGUGGCGCAGGUGGUACAGUGCGGUUAAUUAAGUCUUCCUUGAAGCAUGGAGGCACGAUAUUUGCGGUGAAAGAGUUUAGACCGAAGAGGCAUGGCGAGAGUGAGCGGGAGUACCAGAAGAAGGUGACUGCCGAAUUCUGUGUGGGGAGCACAUUGAAGCACAAGAACAUCAUUGAGACUGUUGACAUCGUGAGCGACCACGGGCACUUCUAUGAGGUCAUGGAGUAUGCCCCGUACGAUCUAUUCAACGUAGUGAUGUCGGGGAAGAUGACGCGCCCCGAGAUCUACUGCGUUUUCCGCCAGAUCUGCGAUGGAGUCGAGUACUUGCACUCGCUUGGCCUCGCGCAUCGCGACCUGAAGCUCGACAAUUGCGUCAUGACAUCUGACAAUAUCGUCAAGCUCAUCGAUUUUGGCACUGCCACGGUAUUCCACUAUCCGGGUAAGAAGCAUACGAUGGCCACCGGUGUCGUCGGUAGCGACCCGUACCUUGCGCCGGAGAUCUUGCAGACGGACGAGUACGACCCUCGCAAGACCGAUGUUUGGAGUGUUGCGAUCAUCUUCCUCUGCAUGGUCUUGAGACGGUUCCCGUGGACGAUCCCCGAUCCCAAGGUCGAUCCUAGCUUCAGAGCAUUCGUUCACGCGCAUCCAAACCUGUCGGAAAAGCCAUCUGAAAAGAAGAAGUCGAUAGAGCCGCCUAAGCCUAUCAUUGACGCUAAGAACGAGACGGACAAGGAGGCUCACCAGGAAGACAAGGAGGACGCGAAAUCAACUACGUCGUCGUCGAAUGCGCCAACAUUGGACGACCGACUGACCUCUGACCGCGAUCCCCAGCGGGGUGAUUCCGGCCACUCGUCCUCGGACUCAUCAUCCUCGACGUCACAGGAUGGCAUCUCCCGCACCACUUCGGCUGACACUGCCCAUACCAGUGACACCUGUCUCACCGUUCCUUCGAACGACAUCCUUCCAUCGUUUCACUCGGGCUGUAUGCAGUCUUCAUCGACCCCUGUGCUUCCAGCUCUUCUUACUGAAGGACUAUCUCUGAAACCUACUGAGAGUCCUGUGGAGAUCGACAUGGAUUUGUCUGUCCGGCAAUUCGCUCGUCCGGCGAACUCGACAGAGAGUCUGCCGGCGACUGCCUCUCCAACGAUCUGUAUUCACGACGCUCCUUGCAGUCCUACGCUCCGCCCCGCCCAUGGCCGUGCUUCGACGAUCCAUAACAUCAGUAGCAAUAGCUUGAAGAGCUCUGAAGUUCAGCAAGCGCCGAGGCAUGACGGUGUCAAGGAGCACGAUUAUAUCGAGGAGAAUAGGGGUGGCGAGGAGCGCGGUCGCGUCUCCGAUAAGACUCCACAGCAGGAGACGAAGUCGGAGAAGCCUAGGACACCCUCAAAGAGGGUUGCCCCGUCCCCGAAAGAGACUCCACGCCGCAGGCCACGCGCUGACAGUCGCGCUUCGGUCGCUACCUUCCACUCUGGUGGUGCUGAGUCUAUCUUCAGACUCCUUCCUCGUGAGGCUAGGCCUGCAAUCCAGAGGAUGAUGUUUGUCGAACCGAGCGCGCGAUGCACACUUACCGACCUGCUCAGUGGCAAGGGCCGCUCUGGCGACCUCCUCUGCGGCUGCAACUCGCACGACAAGGACAGCCCACGCUGCGCGGACCACGAGGAUGACCCCGAUUCCGAGGACAGCGGCGACUUGUGGCUUAAGAGCAUUCAGACGUGCUCAGUCGGUCGUAUGUCGAAUCAUACACACAUCAGGGUUGCUGUGGACGAGAAGUCGCCUAAGAAGCGGUUCUUUUGAUCCAUCCCCUACACUCGCGUCGCGGGUUCAUGAUCACGAUGGUUAUUGCAUUCUACCACUCCUCUACCUUAUGAUCAGUUGUGCGCAUCCCUUGGCUCACCGCUGCCUCAACUUGUUUACUCUUACGCACAUCGCAUUAAGUAUAGACUAUUAUGCUUCUAGCUAUUCAUCAUUCUUCGCAUCUCGUUGCAUCGUCGUUGUGACUUCGGACGUCUCAGUCUGUGGUGCCGUCUUCUACUUUAUUACUUUCGUCGCAUUUACACUUGUUCUAGUCAAAGAAGGGUUUCGGUGCAUCCCGGGCCUAAAACACCAUCCUGUAAUACAUGCUCAUACAAAUAGAAAGCGUGCUCGUGUAAUUGUACGCGUAAAUCUAUAAAUCUGAUGUUCAUAAAGCACGCAAGAUGUACACGCAGAGCGUUAUCUAUUUUGGGGCAUUCGGAAGAUACGUGGUAUAGAUCAGAGUUCGUCACGGACGUAAGCCUCACGCCCCUCUUGAUGUCCUUCUCUCACGUCGUCUUCGUCAGAACCAUCCGGCGAAGGACCUGUCUUAAUUUCGACGCCAGCUCGACGAAGAACCUCGUGCAAGGUGGGCUGCUGGCCCUCAAAGCCUGCGUCUUCCCAAUCAAGGAAUUCAAUAAUGACCUCUUCGUCUCCUUCGUCGACGAUCGCCACCUCUCCAGGCUUGAGAUCGCCGCCCUGGAUGAGCUUCCCGAGGGCGCGCUUGAUCGCUUCAGUCUGCUUCGCGUUGCCGUCCUUUCCCUUAGCCUGGUCUUGCUCCUCGGGCGGCGGCGGCGCGGGCGCAAGGACAGCCUUCGCCGCGCGGGGCGGCAUCUUGAUGGGCUGGUCCGCCUCGAGGAGCGAACGAUCGAUGCGCGCAUGUUGCUCGGGAGAGACAAUCUCGCGGCAGCGGAUGUACGCCUCUUCGCGCGCGUCCCGGCUCGAGCGAAACCCGGGCUCGCCGCAGAGGCGGGGCGUCGCGAUGUGCAGAACGUAGCGGCACGUCUGCGUCUCCUUCACGAAGAGGAUCGUGUCCGUCAUCGUCAUCGAGCAGUGGAACUGGAUCUCGAUUUCGCGCUUGCGACCAGUUUUCUCGCAAUAAGUUCCAUCGCCCCAACGCUGAACCAGAUAUUGCGAGCCAGCGCUUCGGGCGAGCUCAACGUUGGCUGCAAUUGCCGCUUCUUGGGCGAUCGUGAGGUCGGCACCGGGUUCUGGGGUAGGCGGUGCGCGCCCGAGCGUGUAAGCUUCCCACUCUGUGUCUUCCAGUGGCUUGUAUUCACCUAGAAAUGGCAUCAGCAACUAUUGGGGAUCAGUUUCAUAGACUGCUCACCGGGCCGCUGAUUCUGUGGGCGGGCCAGUUCGUGGAACUGUCGCACAUGCGAAUUGUGGCAGUAUGCGUAAGUGAACCAGCCUUGUUUAUGGUAGAGACACGACCCGGCCAGCGGCUGUAGCAACGACCAGGUAUGCACGGGCGUCACGUCCGUGGUAGAGUCUUCCGUUGGGACGGACGUAUUGUCAAUUGGCGGCGGAGGGAUCAAACAGAUAUAUGAGUCUCGCGGGCCCAUCUUCAUUAAUUCGAGCUUAUGGUUCGGAGGCUCUUGCUAUCCACGAAAAUGUACAGUAAGCUGACUUUUCAUCUUGCAGCAAAAUACGGCAGACCGACUUGAGCCGCCAUCAUCUGCUCAUCCUGUCUCCCGCCGUCGAUGCUCUUCACAGAUGGGGUCCUCCACUUUGCACCUUCCUCCCAGGGUUGGUCCAGAAACUCUAGCUCGCCACCUGACAGCCCAUGCUCUAACCAUCGCUGCGCAGUGUCGUUUAGCACCGGGAGGCCGUUCAGAAAGGCUACACGAUAUUUGGGGAAAGCGUAGGGAUCUUCAGGCACGAGCGAGUUGUGUAAGCGUGCUACCACGAGUGACCAGAGGGAAACAGGUAAGAUCGCGGAAUAUACAAGCCCUGGACGCAUCAGUAGAUACCGACG